AUGCUCUUAUCGGCGCUCACCAAAAGAGCCCUUCUUGGCUCUGCCAAGUACUCAGCUGAGCCGGCUGCUCUCAGACGUUUCAUUUCGUUUUCGCCAUUUGCCAGAUUCUCCGAUAACGCAGCUUCCAACAACUACUCGUCUGAUAAGCACUGGAGCUCGGGAGAACAGGGGCCCUCUUCUGAAUCGCCCAAUUCAUCUUCCACAGGAGCUGCCUCCCUGGCCUCUGCGUCAUACAACUACGACAAGGCUUCGAUAGACCGAAUCGUCAACUUCAAUGUCGCCGUGGCGUUCCAGCCCAAGAACAGAACAAAGUCCAAUGUGUUCACAAGAAACAAGAAGCUCUCGCCAGCCGAGACGUCGCCCUCUGGUGAAGACAAUCUUUUUGUCUCGCAGCAAUCCUCAGACGGCUAUUUCGCUUUAGGUGUGGCCGACGGUGUCGGCGGCUGGGCAGAGGCUGGCUACGAUUCCUCUGCCAUUUCCAGAGAAUUGUGCCAUAUCAUGAAGACCGUGUUCGAGUCCGGUGACAACGGCCACAGCGUUACCCCAAAGUCGCUCCUCUCAAAAGCAUUUGAGGACGUCAUGGCUUCGCCUAAGGUCGAAAUUGGCGGAACCACAGCUUGUCUCGGUAUCUUCGCCCCUGACAGGAAGCUCAAGGUCGCCAACUUGGGCGAUUCUUGGUGUGGCGUGUUCAGAGACCAUAAGCUUGUGGAGGAGACGCAAUUCCAGACCCACAACUUCAACACUCCUUUCCAACUAGCCAAGAUUCCACAGCAUAUCUUGCAAGAGGCUGCUCGCCAGGGAAAGAGCUACAUCACAGACACACCAGCCAUGAGCGACGAGUACGAGUGGCAACUUGAAAAGGGCGAUCUUGUGCUUUUCGCUACUGACGGUGUUACAGACAAUGUUGUGCCGCAAGACAUUGAGGUCUUCUUAAGAGAUAAAAAUGAGAAACAGGCUACUUUGCCAGAUACAGCUACCAGUCUUGUGAGUGAGGUGGUGAAGGAAUUGUCUAGGCUCACGGGACAGAAGUACUUGGGUGGAAAAGAGGACGAUGUGACCAUUGUGUUGGUCGAAGUGUUAUAA